AUUACCACUCCUGCAACAGUCCACCUCUACCCAACAAAGGGUGCAAGUGAAACCGAAAAUACACCAAUGACACAAUAAUCGAGCGACUCACUUUUUAAAUCAUCGACAUGCCACCCCCCCUCCCCUCCCACCACCGCGGCAUGACCGCAAACCCGCUCAAACCCUCCCGCUACCGACCCGGAAAAGCCGUUGCUGAGGAGCCUUCCUCGGACGAAGACGAAGAAGAUGAGGGUCAGGAGGAAGAGAAAAGGGAAGAACAAGAGCGACUUCGUCGAUUGAAGCUACAGCAGCAGCAGCGACAGCGCGGCGCGGCGCCCAAGGCGAGUUCGUUCCCUGCUGGUGCUGCCGCUGCGGGGAAAAUCACGAAGGGUGUGAAAGAUGUGAGGAUUGAGGCGCGGGAGGAGGAUGAGGAUGAGGAGGGGUUUGUUACGGAGGAGGAGGAAGAUGAAGAUGAAGAGGCAGUAGGGAAGGAUAGUCGCGUUGCUGGCGAUGCGGCUGUUGCUUCUGGGGCUGCGCCUGCUACAGGUUCGGACGAUAAGGCUGGAAAGCAGGAGGGGGGAGAAAGUGAGGAAGAAGAAGAGGAAAGCGAAGAAGAGAGCUCCGAAGAAGAAAGCAGCUCCGAAGAAGAAGCCCCGCGCCGAGUCCUCCUCCGACCGACAUUCAUCCGCAAAGACAAGCGCACCAACACCACCACCAACAAUGCCGAAACCCGAACGCAAGACAAAGCGACAGCCGACUCGCACGCCGAAUCCGAAGCGCGCCGCGCCCAACGGCAAGAAAAGGCCGACACGCUCGUCCGCGAGCAGCUCGAGAAAGAAGCGAUAGCGCGCAGCGCGGCGAACCGCGCAUGGGACGACGACGAAGUCGAAGCUGCGGAGGAGAGCGCCCUAGACGACAAAGACGGGGUGGACCCCGAGGCGGAGUACGCGGCGUGGAAGCUGCGGGAGCUGAAGCGGAUCAAGCGGUCUCGGGAGGCGAUCGAGCAGUCGGAGAAGGAGCGGGAGGAGGUCGAGCGACGGCGCAAUCUGACGGCCGAGGAGCGCGAUCGCGAAGACCGCGAGUUCCUGGCGCGGCAGCAGGAGGAUAAGGAGGCGACGAGGGGCGAGGGAGGCUACAUGCAGCGGUACUUCCACAAGGGGGCGUUCCACCGCGAGGGGCUCGAGCAGAAGGGCCUGGAUAAGCGGGCCUUGGUGGGUGCGCGGUUCGUGGACGAUGUCUCGCGCGAAACGCUCCCGGAGUAUAUGCAGAUUCGGGAUAUGACGAAGUUGGGGAAGAAGGGCCGCACACGCUAUAAGGAUCUGCGGUCGGAGGAUACGGGGCAGUUUGGGAAUGGGUUCGAAAGGCGGCGGCGGCGUGACGGCGCUCCGGUGGGCGUGACGGAUGAGAGGUUCAUGCCUGACAGUGACCGGAGGGGUGACGGGGGGCCCAUGAAGCCGACGGGUGCCAACGCGGGCCCCGUCCAGAGACGGAGGUCUCGAUCUCGGUCACCUCGCAGGGACAGACAUGGAGACGGAGACCGCCCGACAGAUCGAUAUCGACCGGAGGCUGGCGAUCGCAGGAAACGGAGUCCGUCGCCGUAUGAUCGGGAGAAACGGAGACGGACCAGCGUGUCGCCGCGAUGAAGCAUCUAUACUGUGUAAUAUCAGGGCGGAGCAUAC